ACCUUUGAGGAUGAAGCACAUUAAAAUUUUGAAAACGAUUUUCAAAGUGCUAUCAUUACUUAUAGGGGUAAUCCCCAUCCAUGCUUUAGACAAACACGGAUGGAGAAAGCAGAUAGUCUACUCAUUGCUAACAGACAGGUUCGCAACCACCGAGUCAGUAGGUUGUGAUCCCGAGGACCGUUCCUACUGUGGUGGUAAUUGGAAGGGAAUCAUUAAUAAACUGGAUUACAUUCAAGAUAUGGGAUUCACAGCCAUCUGGAUUUCCCCAGUUAUUAAAAACAUCGAGGGAAAAACUAAAUACGGUGAGGCUUAUCACGGUUAUUGGCCGCAAGAUCUCUUUUCUGUGAAUCCUCACUUUGGCACUGAACAGGACUUGAUCGACUUAGCAGAUGCUUUGCACGAAAGAGGGAUGUAUUUGAUGGUAGAUACAGUAGUGAACCAUAUGGGCGCUCCCGAUACAAAAAAUAUCGACUUUGGUUCUUAUAAUCCAUUCAACAAAGAAGAGCACUAUCAUCCUAUGUGUCCAAUUAUCCAGAGCGAUCCUUUAUCUUUAGAACAAUGCUGGAUCGGUACAGAAGACGUGACCUUGCCAGACGUGGAUACCGAGAAUCCAUUCGUGAUUGAAACCUUGUAUAACUAUAUCCACGAUCAUGUCCAAAAGUUUAAGAUUGAUGGAUUGCGUGUCGAUGCUACAAAACACGUUCGCCAAACGUUUUGGCCUGGAUUUUGUGAAUCAGCAGGCGUAUAUUGUCAAGGAGAAGAGUGGACUGGAGAAGCUGCUGCUUUCUGUGAAUGGCAAGAAUAUAUGGACGGUUUGCACAAUUUCCCUGUACAAGGUGUUGCUGCGGAAGCAGUUGUUCCGGUCAAUGAUAGAGCCCUAAGGAAAACAUCAAUUGCGAUGAACUUGGUUGCUCAUCAUUGCGUUGAUAGCACUCUUUUGGGUCUUUUCCUGGAAUCUCAAGAUGCACCCCGACUGGCGGCUCUUAACAAUGACUUUAAUGUGUUGAAAAAUGCCAUGACGCUUAACCUCAUGUCGGAUGGCAUUCCUAUAGUAUUUUAUGGACAAGAACAGAUGCUGAAAGGAACACAUGAUCCACUCAAUCGUCCGGCAUUGUGGAUAACUGGGUAUGAUACCGAGGGUCCUUUAUACAAGUACACAACCAAAGUGAAUGGUAUUCGCAGAGCUUUAAUAAAUACCGAGGAUGGCGAGGAGUGGAUCCGUACCCGUACACAUGCUGUUGCUGUUGGAGAUAAUCUGAUGCUGAUGUACAAAGGACCAGUUAUUACCUUCAUUACGAAUUAUGGAUCUGUUAACAAGGAGUAUAUCCUCAAAAUGCCCGCAUCGGAACCCAUGGUCGAUUUGCUGACAUGUACACUCAUUGAGGUUGAGAAUGAUAUCCUCAAAACGACCAUUCAUCGUGGUGAACCCAAAAUUUUGUAUCCCUAUAGAUUAACCAUGCGCGACGGCUUCUGUGCGGAUGAAAUGUCGUUACAAGGUGAAAUUCCAGGCGUUUUUAUGGGUCAUAAUGAGAUUGUUAGAUCAGACAAUACUUAGGUUACGCGUGGAU